UGAAAACAAUAUUAAUCACAAUUUAGUUGGAAAAUAUUGGGGUUGGAAGGCGGUCGUUUCCGAAGAGUUGCAAAAGGAAAUUUUGAAAAACAACACAUUUUAAAAAAUUUUAAGAUUAUUUAAAGAAGAGAAGAGUUCACGGAAUGGCUUCCAAGGAGUGUUUGAAACUUAUCUGUGAUGGUGACAUUGAAAUUGUGCGAAUUACCGAGGAUUUGUACGAUGGGACAAUUGAGCUUUACCAAAAUUAUUUCAUGAAAUAUGAAAAUGUUAGCAUUGCCUGUGAGCUAUUGGAAUCCCCCGAAACCAUUGCAGAGAUGGAGAAAUUAAUCCGAGCCAUACUCAAGGAUAAUAUCUCCUUUGCGGCGCGAAAUGUUAAGACCAAGCAGUUGGUGGGCAUGUGUAUCAAUAAAAUGGUGAACCCCUCUGCCAACAUAACCCUCGACGAGGUUUUCGAUUCCUUUAAAACCGAAAACAUGAAAGCAGUUGGAAACUAUCUACACUAUGUGGAAUAUACCUAUGAUAUAAGUAAGGAGUGGCAGAUCGAUUGUUGGAUCGAAUUAUCAUUUCUGGCAACACGAACGGAAUAUGGUCGGAGAGGUAUUGCUUUGGCGCUCUCUGAAUAUCUCAUGGAAUAUGCCAAGAAAUUGAAAGAUGGUCAUGAUGAGGAGGUUGGAAAGUUACCCGACCACAUCAAGGAUCAGAGACCUGGGGCCAUAACAGCAGCAUUCACGUCAAGAUUUUCCCAGAAAAUUGGAGAAAAAUUACAAUUUGAAACCCUGUUUGAGGUGGAGAAUUCAGAGUUGUCAUUUCGUGGCAUAAGUUACGCGGCGAAAAUUGAUCCAAUACACAAGUAUUCGAGAUUUGCUGCAAAGAAAUUGUAAAAUAUGGAAUUUUUAGUAGUAAAUAAGGGAUAAUUGU